UGGCAGAGGAAGGCAAGGAUUCCGAUGACUGUUGUUUGUAUGAAGCGAAUCAGUCAGUUGCCUCGAGGCUCUAUCCCGGUGGUUUUCUCGAUUCCUUUCCUCUUCAUGCUAUAGAACAAGACACGAGAAGGAAUAAGUCAAGGCUCACCGGCCACCAGCACGACACUCCCAAGCACCACGCCAAUGAUCAUCCCAUCCAUCCUCGACGACGAGAGUUCUGUCGAUCGACUCUCAAGGUGUCUUGAACGCAUCAUUCUCAUCAUCGACAUGCUGAAUAUCUGAUGUCUGUCUGUCAUGGUCUGGCUGAUGGUUCGAUGGACUGACCAGACAUAGAUCCGAUGAGAUGCAAUGCGUACCUGCGUCCUCUCGCUUUCUUCGUCUCACUCACACUUCAGAGAAGCCCAGACAGCAGCAACAAGAAAGAACACACACACCACACUCACACACCCCGCAAACGCUCGAGGCAAGACGCAACAGCAGCGCACAAGAGCCAAAACCAGGCAGAAGGGAGAGAAACAGGAAGAGACGAAGCAAAGAGAAAAAUCCCCGACAGGGUCCAACGAACGACCCGCCACCUAUCUUCAAAUAAGAACUCCAUCCAGUGUCAAAGCUCAAUUGCCUUACCCUUCCCUACUACCCUUUCCUUUGUCCCCGCCUGGUCCACUCAAUGCUAUUUUAAACUCAGCGAGGAGGGGGGGUAAUGAUGGCGGUAAUUGGCCCUAGCGCUGCAUGAAUCCUCCAGCAUACGGAGUACACCGUGCUGUCACCCGCAUUUGUUGUGCCUUGUGGCCCUUGUAUCCAGGGUCUGAAGAAGACAACUUAGCACAUGGAAGCGGGUCUAAUCGCGAUGUUUAAAAAUAGCAUAGAUUGAUUGGGAAGAAGAGGAGAAGCAGCCAAAGAGGUUGUCGUCUGCAAUAAGCGCGGGGAGUCCACAGAACAUCCAUUGGUUCACGGUGAUUGUUGAUCAUUUGUAUCCGGC